AAAUUCAUUUUGACUACUUUUUAUUGUUUAGGAUUUUUAUUCAUAUUUUAUAUUAUAAGUCCUUUAUAGUCAUUUUACACAACCUCUAAUAUUAAAAAGCACUUCUAAUAGUUUUAUAGCCAAACACCCAACUGCUUUUUUUUUAUAGUACUUAUCUAAAAGCUACCGCCAGAAACUGCUUCUGCAAAAGCUACAGCAGGGCCAAACUAAGCUAUUGUGUUGAUCUUGGUUUGAUGGGAUAUUGGGAUCGGAGCAGCUUCAGUCGAUAAUUGAACCCGAGCUUAACUUCCACCGACGGCCCAUAACGCGGACGAUUUGCCGCAAAUAGGCCCAGAACGAAUAAGGCCCAAAAUAAAGAUUUAAGGUCCAUCAUUUGGGCCUUUAGGGUUUACUCCAAUGUCGGUAGUAUAUAAUCUUAACCCUUAGCAACUUUUAUGUUCCUAUCGUUUCCUUCCUCAACCGGAGCAGAAGCAGCAGCAAGGAAGCUCCUCGGCGAAAAUAAUGGUAAAGGCUUAUCAACUACUCUCAAAGUAGCAGUCUUCUGUCUGUUUCAUGAUUUUCUGGCGGUUAUUGAGCGGAUAUGCCUUGUUGGAGUAGUUUUUUUUUCCCGUUCUGUGUUUUGUUAUGUACCUGUAGUCGCUAGACGACAUCAGAGAACUACUGCUGUAAUAGCUAUUGGGAUCUCAGAAUACGAAUGCUAGAAGGAUUAGGUUUAGGAUCAGAAUGGAACCCCAGAUUAUAGUCAGGUGUCGAUCUUGAUGAUUCCGGUUGAUACUGUUACGAGACUGGAAAAUGGAGGUUGGCGCCCAUCGUUACAGAACUAUCCCAUUGCAUAACCUGCCUGGAACUGAUAGCCUCUGCUACAUCUAGGUGCUAAAUAGUAAAUACUUUCGCCAAUUGUUAUUCUAAUCCUAGCUGCAGGGUUACAUUGUGCCUCGUUGGUUUAGGGUAUUUGGUUUGAUAUUUUAACGGAGCAAGGGUUGGUUUUAGCAUUUGAUGCUACUCUCGGUUUAGGCUUAAUGCGAGGUAGCCAUUUUUUUUUAAUUCUUCUAUUGAUGUUUCUGAGAACUUGAUUGUUUUUGAGGAAAUUUAUCACCCUGGUGUUGAUCUAUUUCACUCGUUUGGGUCUCCCAAACUAACAGAAGUUGAAAGAUUAGGUUUUGAUUUCUAGUGUUUAGGGUUCGCUUGAAAUCCCCAGACUCUAGUCAGGUAGCGACCUUAAUGUAUUUUGGUUGAUACUGUUACGAGUCUGGGAGAUGAAAGUUGGCACUCAUCGUUACAGAUCUAACCAAUGGCAUAACCUGCCUGGAGCUGAUAGCCUCUGUUACAUCUGGGUGCUAAAUCAUUUCUAUAAUUGUUGAUCUAAGUUCUCACCUAUUGAAUUUGUUGAGCUUGUGUCAUUGUUUAUAAUUUUCUUUGUCGCCAUCUGGGUGCUUGGUUUGGUAUUUACUCUUCUGCUUGUGUUGAACAGCCGAAGCAGAUUCACGAGAUCAAGGAUUUUCUCCUCACAGCUAGGAGGAAGGAUGCCCGUUCGGUGAAGAUCAAGAGGAGCAAAGACGUGGUGAAGUUCAAGGUCCGCUGCUCCAAGUACCUCUACACCUUGUGUGUUUUUGACUCCGAGAAGGCUGACAAGUUGAAGCAGUCUCUUCCCCCAGGUAAUGGUUCUUUUCACCUUUUACUAUAGCUAUUUAGUGUACCGUGUGGAUGAUUCUUUAACUAUUUUGAUUCAGAUGGACUCUUGCUGGGUUUUGCUCACUCAAUCAAUCUCACUUAAAGUUCAUAAGUUCGUCAGUGGCUGAUGGUAUUUGUUUUGUUGUGUUUGUUGCAGGUUUGAGCGUGCAAGACCUUUGAAGAAAAUUUGAAUUGGAAGCACUUUUUGUUGGACAGGUUUUGAUGGCUGUUUGUUACUCCGGUGGAAAUGCCAUUCUAGUGUUCCGUCGUUUUGUGGUUUUGUUGAAUUUCUUGAAUACAGACUUGAAGGUGUAGAACUGUUGCCUUGUAACAAAUAACAUGAACUCUACAAUAUUGCAGGUUGAAGUAGUUUAUGAGUUUCUGAGCCAUGAAAUCCGGUUGAAAACCAUUAUAUUACUUGAGACGCUUCUCUUGCUCUAUAUACAUUAUACCGUAGCAGCUACUUGCACUGUAUGUAUGCACGAGCGAAACAUACAUUUGGAGAUGUGUGUUCGAAUCAGUGUUAUUAAAGCCGAGCCGCUCGGCCUGACCGGUAAAACCGUCAUCCGGUCACAAAAUCGGCUCGGAACAGUCUAAAAGCCGCUCCGGUUUUAUGUAGCGGUUGGCGAGCGGCCGAGGUGGUUAGGCGUUCGAGCCGCUUGUUCGGUUUUUGCCAUUCAACCACUAAAUUUAAUUAAAAAAAUUGUAGAAAUUGAAAAUUGAAAAAAAACAAAAACGUCGGGCUCUCAAAUUGAAUCCUUAUUUCCAUUUAACAAUUUCGAUGGAAAGAGAUGAUCUCUGAUUAAGAAAUGUCCACUAUUUAUACUGAUAACGUUUAUUAGGUACCGGUUCUCUAACGGUUUUAAACGGUUUAAUACCGGUUAGACCACUAAAGUGCGAGCCGUUCGCAUUAUCGGGUCAUACUCCGGUUCGGUUCUGACAACAUUGGUUCGAAUUCCACAAGCGACUGACUCUCUUUAACAGCUCUUCGUUCUCUCCAUAUGUCCGAUUGCGUGUAUGCGGGUUAUUAGGUGACUGCAGGCUCCUUGUUCAUUUGUGAGUCAACCAUUGGUGCAUUUUUAUUAACCUACUCCGGCAAUCGGAAGACCUAGUGGUUCUGAAAGCGUUGCUAGUUCCACAUUGUGUUUCACUGUUUGCUAGAACCUUUUAGAACCUUUCCUCUCUUUCUUUUCCAUCUCUCGCCACCCCUAAACAGGACACUCAUUUCCUCUCCCAUUUUCACUCAACCCGUGGAAGAGAUCAAGAGAAGCAAUGUGAGUAUGUGACAAUUCAUUUAUUUUCCACUUUUUUUUAUGGGAAUUAUUUUCCACUUUUCAUUUCAUGAGGGAUGAUAACUCCUUAAAAUCACCACCUCAUGUUCUAUUUUGCACAUGGGCUAAUUACCAUAAAAGGUUAUAAAACUAUUCAUUUUGUACUAACGGUCACAAACCUUUAAUUUUGCACGUUUCAGUAACAUCCGUUUGAGAGAAUAACAGAAUGGUCAUUUCGUCCAUCUCCAUCCAAAAAACAGUAAUUUCGUCCAGUAAUCACGCCACGUCACUUAAAAUAUUAUUGAAAAAAUUAAUGAACAAACCCAAUUGAGCCGGACAAUCCUAAUUCUAUAUUCACCCACCCGGCUGGUUGUGUUCAUGCGUGUAAAAUUGACCAUCUAGCUUCAGCUCCGAGGUUGCAUUUGCCGAGACCAAGCUGGUCCAUUUAAUUCAACCAAGCUGUAGUUUCCACAUGACCAUGACCGGGAGAGGUUAGAGUGCUAAUUACUACGUACUAACUACUCUAAUCACUGUUCAUUAUUUUAAGUUAAAUCUAACUGUGGUUAAUAAUGAAGGGCUUUUUGGUAUUUCACUAAAUUAAAAAAUAAUACAUAAAUAAAAUAAAAAAUCUCAUUUAUCUCUCCCCUAUUUAUUAAUCAUUUUCUAACGAAAAAAUUACUAACAAUUUCAUUAGUAUUUAAAUCAAUAAUCAUUUUGGCUAAGAGUAGUGAUUGUAGAAUUUUUUAAUUAAUAGGGACGAGUUUUUUCACUUUUUGGAGGUUGAUAGAAGUGCUUUUGGAGAGUCAUAGUGAUUUUCAUGUAACUAUUAGUGUUUUAAAUUAUUUUUAAUUUGUAACGACUAACAAUUUUUAAUAAAAAUCACUACCACACAUUAUAAAACAUACUAUGAAGAGAAAAAAAUGACUACACAAAUGGUCAAUCACUACUAACACAGGUAAAAAAACUAAAAGAUGAAUAAUCACUACUAUUCAUGAGCAAAAUCUUAAUACUAAACAAAAAUCACUACUAUUCAAAUCUAUACUUGCCUUCCUAUUCCUUUCUCUCUUUCUCGUCUAGGGGCAUAUAUCUUCUCAAAUCACUACGUAAACCUACAAUCACCAUACAUAAUCACUACCGUAAACUACAUUGAAGGUGGGAGGAGCACUUGAGGCGGAGGGAGGGAGGCGAUGACAAGGGUUGAGUUGUGAGCGGUUGAGUAGAUUAUUGUAAAUCUGGAUAUGGAACAUAGAGGCGAGGCACAGAGCCUAGAUCUGGUGUCGGAUCUGCUCAAGGGUUAUACCGAUAUGUCAUUCCCUCUGGUAUAUAUACCUUUCUGCCUUUCACAACAGUCUUGGCGAUGACCUCAAUACCAGCAAUUGAAAGAGAGAGUCGACAAAUCAUGGGGAGACUCCUCCAUCGCUAUCGUCGCCGCCUACCUCCUCUAUCGACAUCUUAUGCCACCUUUCUUCCCCGUCGCCGCCUGCCUCCAUCGCAUAUCUAUUUGAGUGCCACUUCCUCCCCGUCGCCGAACCGUACGCCGAGAUGGAUAAAAAGGGAGAGAGUAGAGACGGUUGGUGUAGAAAGAGGGAAAACUGAAAGGCGGUCGUGAGUGAGAGGGGUGGUGAAAGGAGCUUUUUUAUAUUAGGGUUUGAUAUAACAUUACUAAAAUAUCCUUCAUUUAAUUGUGACCUUAGGAUCAACAACUUAAUCUAAUGGCUAUUAUACAGGUUAGAAUGGUGCUAAUCCCUUGAGGGGUUAGCAAUGCAACCCAUCCCGACCAUGACCAUGACCAGGAACAUGCUUCACCAGCUCGCUUGCUUGCUUCGGUCCAUGCAUACCUAGUUGGAUUCAUCAGGACAAAUAUGCACAAGGACUUUCUUCCAUCAACCGGAUGCAUACGUCCGUAAUUCCUCUCUUUACAAGGUCCAGUCGCAAUUUCAUUCUCAAUCAUCAUUAAGACGAGUUAAUUCAUUCUCUUCCACAUAUCUCUGGAUAUCCCGGAACAUCAAAACACACAAAACCAAGCGUAAAACUGGAAAAACAACCGAACUUCUUUCACAUAACAAGCUAAUUUGAUACUAAAUGUGGGAAUAAAUAUGUUUAUUUUCUAAGUGUAUCAAAUUCCCCCAUAAGUCUCUGCUUGUCCUCUAGUAAAGCACAAUUAGAUCUGAGUUCAAUUGUAAAAAAACUCACAAUCACUAAUAGUGGGUUAAAGGGUGAAUCACAAGUAACAAUCAAAAAAAUCCCAACAGAAAUUACCCAUGGGGUCAUGAAAGCCGUCUUCUUUUGAUCUUCCUUUGGGAAGACACUAUGCAAGCUGGUAAAGCCACGCACAUCCGCCAUGCUACCGAGCUUUUCUUUACAAACACCAGAUGGCUAGCCAGGUGAGAUAUCAUACUUCUCUUUAUAAAACAUGCCUUCCGCACCUUUUGUGUUUCUUCUUUGGUGGCCAACGGUUUUAUCACAUAUAUGUUUCGGUGCUUUUGUUGCACUGAUUUUGCAUUGGGUUUGAUCGACAAUUGAUGUUUCACGAUUUUGACGACACGACCGGAAUGUCCUCUGUCCCCCAGGCAAAAAGAAUGGCUUAAUCUCUCAUCAAUUGGAGGAGUUCCUCCUUUUCUUUGACAGGUAAGUGCGUCAAGAUGCACACCCUCAUGUUUGGCUCUUCAAUGAUGAGCGGGACGCUGAUGUCCCCCUCUACCACUUCCGGUCGGGGUUGGUUUCCUUGGGUAUCCACCACGUCCACUUCUAAAUAGUAGUUUAGUUACCAUAAAUAAAAUGGAGCGGGGGAUAUUAAUACUCAUCUUGGCGUACAUUGAUUAUUUAAUGCCUGCUCCAAGGGAGUCAGGAAUGUCACUUUUCUGUACUACGCCUACGAGUCGUAUUGAAUAUAUGUGUCAGGGAAUAUUUUUUAGUGUACAUGGUCUACAAUCGCAUUUAUUAUCUAUCUAAAGGACCGCUUGAGCCCCCGGCCAACGCAUGUCGCGCAUCACCGCCCAAUGCUUACGCUUAGGGCCUGUUUUGCGAGACCCCAAAGUGUUGUAACGCACUGGGUUCCCACACAACCGUUUUCUAUGUCCAAUCUCUCCGCCAGAUAUGGAUACCGUUUCCCACUAGAGGAGUAUCCAUAGUGGGCUUCGGCCAUGUACCAUGGGCCUCGUGCUAGUGGGCCUAGUGCUUAUCACUGGUCUGAGAUUGUUAAAGCGCUUGAGCACGUAGCCCAACACAAACCCCACGUCUUCCCCCAAUCCUCUCUUUCUACUAGCAAAACCAAAAAUACAAAAUCAAGAAACCAGAAAUAAGGUCUUUCUUCCCUAUAAAUCUGGAAACCAAAAAAUCUAAAGGCCAAAUACACUUGUAUAGCAAAAACUUUGACAGUUUUGUCAAAUAUAGCCACUUUUAGCGAAAUACCAAAAAUAGCCACUUUCGUCCAAUUGUUUGACGGUGUCAAGUAACAGGCUGACUGGACUAACGAUAUUGAUGAGUUAGCAACCGUUAGUCAAUUAAAAAUGUGAGGUGGAAACUAAAAAUAAAUAUUUUUUAUUUUUCUCUCUCCAUCUCUCUUCUUCCCCAUCUCUCGGUUCUUCCAUCACCGCUGGAGAUCGCCAUUUGCAGAAUCUCCGAACUCGCCAUUAAGAUAGAGGAUGAUACUCGAGCCGAGGGAGAAGGAAAAGCUUUUGCUUCUGUCUUCCACCUCCCAGAGUUCCCGUUCCACCGCCGGUGCUCCCCCGGGUCAAUCAAUCGAAGGGCAUCAACUUCCUCUCGUUGCUGCAAAUCUGGGUUUCGGAAGAUGGAUCUUGAGAGCUUCAAAUCUGGGGUUCAAUCGAGAAGAUGAAGUCUGGGUUUCAAUCGAAGAAGGUGAAAAAAAACCCACCACCCUGAUCCCCCUUACCUCCUCUGCCUUGUACCCCCACCUCCUCUGCCAUUCAUCUCCAUCAUCCCUCCGCCCCCAAUCCCUACCACAAUCCCCCUCUGCCUCUUUUGCCCUUCAUCUUCCCUAACCUUCUACCUCCUCCGCCUUGUACCCCCACCCCCACCUCCUCUGCCAUUCAUCUCCAUCAUCCCUCCGGCCCCAAUCCCCCUCUGCCUCUUUUGCCCUUCAUCUUCCUCAACCUUCGCCCACAAUCCCACACUUGGUCAGUACCGGAACAAGGCCGAUGAACCCGUUUCCUCCGAUAGCAGUGUUGCUUCCGAUAAAAUUGAGGAUCUCGAUGCGGGAAUUGAGGCGGUUGUUGAGCUCGACGAUCUGGGCGAAAAGGAUGGAGGAUCUCACUCGAAUUCCUGACGGCGGAGGAUGAAUAGUUCAUGGCAACGGCAUCGGCGCAGGGGAAAUGGUGAGAGAUGAAUGGAUGUCGAUGGAUUGGGGGGAUUGAAUUUGGUUUUGUGAAUUGAUGAUUUUUUUUUGCAGAUUCAUGGUGGGUUUGAAUGAAGGAAUCGAACCAAAAGUGAAAGAGUUUUGGUCGACAGUGGGGGAAACAAGGAUGGAGGACGGUGAGGGGAAGCAGGGCAAUUAUUUGGAUUUUUUUUUAUAAAGAAAUUUUUAUUAUUAAAUUAAUUAAAUAUUUUAAAAUAUGACGUGUCAGGUGUAUGUGGCAAGUAUUGGUGAGUUGCCAAUGAUGUGUCAGGUGAGUUGGCAGCCAGAUCAUCGUUCCGUUAAUUUGACUAACGGUGUCAUUGACGCCGUCAAACUAUGUAACUGAAAUGGCUAUUAUUGUCAUCAAACUUUCAAAUUUCUGGCUAUUAUUUGUAUUUCUCCAAAAAAGGCUAUUAUUGUCACAACUGUCAAAGUUUUGGCUAUACAAGUGUAUUUGGCCAAUUCUAAAUACUCUUCCCAAUAUAAUGAGUCGGGGAAAUCGAGCUAGGAAAGAACCGCACCAGCAAAAAAAAAAAAAAAAGCGUGGAGCAUUUGAUACCCUGGAGCAAAUUCAAGGUGCAAUCGACUUCGCUUUCAACGACCAGAAUCUGAGGUUGUCCACGGGAGAUCGGACAAUCACCUGGUUUGAUCCUCAACGUUGGGGCUUAUGGUGAGAGGAGGAAUUAAAGGACGGCGACCAUUAGGUUGCCGGUUGUAGUUCAGAGAGACGACAUAUGAUUAUGACGACCGAGGUGUGUAAUGAUGGACGCGAAAGCUGUGAGGAGUGGGGUAUUUCUUAUUUUUUCUUGUUUCUAAUUUUCCUGGCAUUUUUAAUUUUUGAAAAAAUAGUAUUUAAUUGUGAAAGUUAAAAUAAAAAAAUAAUACACAUCACACACCCAUCUGAUGUGUCGCUUAGGUGGAUGAUAGCAUAUGUCAUGUCAUUAAGACU